AUGUCUCAUUUCUCAACUAAAUCAAUUCACGGUGGUGAUCACAUCAAACCCACCAACGAUGUAAUUUCACCCAUUCACAUUACAACCACAUAUAGUUACUCAUCGAAUCCUGAUGAAUUGGUUCCCGGUGGAUUAACUGACCCAACAACGCUUGUAUACUCACGGGAAAACCACCCAAAUGCCGCUCAAAUUGAAGCUAUCGUUGAAGCCAUUACUGGUUACCCCACCAUCGUUUACAAUUCUGGGUUAUCAGCAUUCAAUGGGUUGAUUACUCACGUUAACCCAAAAACCGUUGCUAUUGGACAAGCAUAUCAUGGGUGUCAUGGGAUUCUUGAUAUUUGGAAACGUAAUUUCGGAACCAAGGAAAUUGAUAUUGAUACGGGGAAUUUUGCCACUAUUGGAUCUGGUGAUUUAGUUCAUUUGGAAACACCAGUGAAUCCAUAUGGUACUUAUUUCGACAUUACGAAAUAUGCCGCCAAGGCUCAUGACAGGGGGGCAUUGUUGUCAGUUGAUGCUACUUUUGCACCACCACCUUUAUUGAACCCAUUUGAGUUUGGUGCUGAUAUCGUUAUGCAUUCAGCAACGAAAUUCUUUGGUGGUCAUUCUGAUUUAUUAGCUGGGUUGUUGUUGGUUAAAGAUCAAGCCAUCAAAGAGAAAUUACUUUUGGAUCGUUUAGUACUUGGUACAAAUAUCGCCAAUUUGGAAAGUUCAUUAUUAGUAAGAAGUUUGAGAACGUUUGAAUUACGUGUGGCUAGACAAGCAAAGACUGCUGAGAUUAUAGUCAAAUUUCUCAAUGACAACAAAGACAAAUUCCCUCAAUUGGAUAAACUUUAUCAUGGAUCAUUGCAAACUGACGCUUUUAUUGCCAAGCAGUAUCCUAAUGGCCACACCCCGGUUUUUUCAAUUGAAUUGGAUACUGAACAACACGCAAAAUCAUUUCCAUCCAAAUUGAAAUUGUUUCAUCAUGCCACUAGUUUGGGUGGCGCUGAAAGUUUGAUUGAAUGGAGGGCCAUGAGUGAUGACCAUAUUAGCAAGAAAUUGUUGAGAUUGUCUAUUGGAUUGGAAGAUCCUCGUGAUUUGUUGUUUGAUUUGGUUAAUGGCUUGACUGAUGAUGGAAAUGAUGCUGAUUUGUUGGUGGAAGAGAUUAAGAAAUUGAGUGUAUAG